CCGAACUUCGGUAAUGGGAUGGGGUUCGCAGUUGAUACGCCCCUGGCCCUUUUCUAAUUGCAGACCUUCCUUGUUCAUUAUCGUUCAUUAUCCAUUAUCGUCAUACAAGCACCACCAGCACACAAGGCUGCCACAUACUUUCCCACUAACCCAACGGCAACCUAUGCAGUUCCUCUUGCAAGGAGGUUAAACCGCUAAGCCCCUUUGUAAUAGUCGACCCUCGCCUUUUACGUCGGAUCGCUUUACUGGGCUGCUCGGGAUCAUGGAGUCGUCCCCCUUAAUCAAGGCGCAUGAUCAUGCGAGAGCCGCAUCCAUAGCAACCCACACGUCCGACACCACUGUCGCAGUGAACGAGCACACUCGAGCCGCCGGCGAGUUCGCCAACGCUGCUAAGAACACCAGCAGCGUCGAGGCUCUGCGGACCUUGAAGUUGCUUGAGCAGCAUCACCGCCGCCUCUCCGAACUGCUCCAGAUUCCGGGCAAGGUGCCCACCUCGCAGAACUCCGAAAAUGACUCCCAGGUCAGCGAGAAGGACGAGGCCAUCCCGGAUGCGGUCCCGGCAACAUCGUCGAAGUCUGAUGCCGCCGGAGUCUCCAGCGAGAAGGGUAGCCAGCCCCUACCCACGCUACCGAAGCAACCACGGUAUCCAGCGCGUGAUCUAGGUGCCUCUAUUGCCAGUAACCUAGCCUCCGCUCGUGGUAUCCGGUCGAAGUACCGCUCGCAGCCACUCAGUCCGAGCAUCUCUAACACCGAAGCUCCUGGCAACAUGGACGCGGCGUCACGAAGAAGCGGAAGGACCAAGAUGCAAACCAUGCUCGAUAACUCCGACAGGCCUAGCACCCUAUCCUCCCCCGAGAAAGAACGAGCUCCUCGGCAGUCCACAUCCCAGAACCAAGCUGAGAAUUCCACCUCCACCGCCGCCAGCGACGAGGGCUUCUCACGCUUCUACAGCGCCUUCGGCAGCAUCAUUAACCGGAUCUCCGCGCCCCUAGCCUUCGCAGGUCUCCCACUAAUCAGCGAAGAGGACCCCUCCUCCCCUCCAUCCACCACCUCCCAUACCAACACUAACACCCACACCCACACCCCCGCCACUACCCCCUCUGAACCUCAACCCAAACAACCCUCCCAAAAACGCUCCUCCCGGAUCCGCAACUCGUCCGCGGGCGUGGCGGAGCCGGACCUCAGCAAGCUGUACUCGAAAGCGGCCUUGCGGGCCGUGACCCGCGACGGCCAGUCCGCCGCCACCGACUCCUUCUACGUCGUGCCGACGAGCGGCCACACCGCGUCCUACGCGAGCAUCCUCACCUUCGCGGACAAGGAGAAGCGACGCUUGGAAGCCCAGGGCGGUGCCGGCGGCCUCGACGACAUUACUAACGAUGCAGACGACAACGACUUCGCGGACGCGCGCGGGCGCGGGACAUCGCCUGCGCCGCUGCCGCAUCGGUUCGGCGGUGCGCGUGGAGCGCGCACGCGGUAUGGGGAUAGUAGGGAUGUUGGGCCGGGGAGUAGCAGCAGAGGCAUGGGCGGAGGGACCGCGGCGGAUAAGGGGGGUAACAAUAACAACAGCUCGACGGCGACCGUGAUCGAGGAGCUGUACACGGAGAACGCGAGCCUGAAGAAUAUGCUGGAUCAGCUGAGCCGCAGGCUGCACGCCUUCGAGAGCAUGAGCCAGAACUCGGGGAUGCGGCUCGCGGAGAGCAUGAGGCUUAUGCGGCCCGGCUCGCCGCUUUCCGGGGCCGGGGGAAAGGUUCCGCCGUCGUUAACGUCUGCGUCUUCUUCCGCUGGUGGUGGUGUAGGAGGAGGAGCGGCGGGAGCGGCGGACGAGGGCCUAGCGAAACGCAACAGAGAGCUCGAGGACCAGAUCGCGGUUAUGGGAAAACAGAUGGAGGAGAUGGAACGCAGCUACAAUAAAGCGCGGGCCAACCUCGUCAGGUACCGCGAGAAGUGGGAGCAGCUAAAAGCCGGCGCUAAGGCGAGGAGAGCGGGCGGUAGCGCGAGCGGGAGUGCGGGCCCGCCGCAGGGAGGGAGCUCUGAGGUCGGGGGGAUCGAGGAGGGGUUGAAGUCGCCUAGUUUGGCGUGAGAGCUGCGUCUGCGGUCCUGAGGGUAAGAGUUCUUUUUGCGGGGGGUUGGUAGGUGGUUGAUGUCCAUUGUAAGGGCGGUUAGGAAGGGCAAUCAGGCGGGUUGCUAAGAAAGGGGUGACACACCGGUAGCGGUAGAAGGUGAUGGUGUGUUGCUGGAAGUGAGCGAGUUAGCACUACGUUCUCGAAUUGAAUUGGAUUGAAUUGAAAGUAAAACGCUACUAGUGAACACUAUGCUACGUAUAUCUAUUUAGUCGAAACAAAGCUGGCUUGAUCUUCUGUUAUA